AACCCAAAAAUAUCACACUUCCACAUACAAGCGCACACACACUGUGCUCUGCUGCCAUCGCGGCUCAUCCAAAGCUAUAGCUUAGCUCUGCACACCUGCAGCUCGUCGUCGGCGAUGGGAGCGACCAUGCAGCUCGUCGUCGGCCUCGCCGGCGUCGCCUCCUCCUCCCCCCGCCUCGCGCCACACUGCGCCGUGGCCACGGCCACCACCACCAGCAGCUGCAGCGUCAGGAAACAGAGCUGCAGCUGCUGCGGCGCCGCCCAUCUGCCACGGCGGCUGCAGCACAAACAGCAGAGGAGGUGCGGGAUUCGUGUCCGCGCCGUCGAGACGGACGCCGCCGCCGGCGGCGAGGCGAAGGCCGCACCGGAGGAGCCGCCGAGCGUCGACUUCGCGUUCGUCGCCCCGCGGCUGCUGCCGGACGGGACGCCGGACGUGCACUACCGGACGGCGUGCGGCGGGCAGAAGCUCCGCGACAUCAUGCUCGACAACUACAUCGACCUCUACGGGCCUUACGAUAAGCUUCUGCUCAACUGCGAGGGAGGUGGAGAGUGCGGGACCUGCAUCGUCGAGGUAGUUGAAGGCGGUGAACUGCUUUCCCCCAAAACUGAUGUUGAGAAGGAAUUGCUGAAAAGGAAACCAAAGACAUGGAGAUUGGCGUGCCAGGCUACUGUCGGCAAUCCAGAUUCAACUGGACAGAUGGUCAUUCAGCAAUUGCCGGAGUGGAAGAUACAUGAGUGGGACAAGUAGCUGAAUUUUAACUAGCGCUGCUGUGUGGCGGCAAUACAGUAGAUUAAUUUCACCGACCAUGGAGAAAAAGAGAGAGAGCCUAGCACAUGAUCAGGAGAAGAAACAUUGGAAGACGAUUAAUGCUGUACAUCCAAACUCCAUGUAAAAUUGUAUACGUCUCCUGUAGCUACCAAAUGGUCAGCAUGAGUGUAAUCAGGGAUUGAAAUUCGCUAAUCUCAGACCCCCACAAGCAAAUAUCUCGCCCAAGAUUUUUGGA